ACCCGUGUCGCCGCGGCUGAGAUGGACACCUACCAGGACAUCCCCGAGUGCACUGUGGUGUACUUCCCUCAGCUGGGCUAUUUACUGGCUAUCCCGCGACCCGCCCACGAACAAACCAAUACAGACCCCAGUACCACUACAACCAACACACAGACUCGUACGGCAGGGUAUGCGACUGGUACUGAACAUUUAACCAGGAACUCGGAUGCGAGGAAACACGACCGUUCGGCUACGCUCCGACGCAGCAGUCGUGUGUAUACGAAUCGUACGCCACAUCAUACGUCGGCGUCACAGUCCAACAUCCGACCUAGUGUGAACGAAAGAUACGAUUAUACUACUACGGAGGACUCAAUAGUGGAACCGAUA